CGGGUUGGAAUGGACCUCGAGGACGAUGAAGCUCCAACCCCACCGCUGCAGGCAGGGCUGCUGCGUUUCCUUAGCAGCCUCCCUUAAAAUCAGGUUUAAAAGGAGGUAUUUCUGUAGGAACUCUGCUGACUGAAGAGGGGAGAGGAGGGGAACCAGCUGUGCUUACGUCUGCUGCGAAGCAAGGAGCGUUUGAGGAAAGGCUUGCAGGUGGGAAGCCAGCGGUGUGUGGAAGCUGGGAGGACAGGCAGCCCGUGCCCCCAUGCUCUCAGGACACAUGCCUGGAGGUGCCCAUGGGAUCCUCUCUCUGCUGACCGUGGUGUUUGUCCUCCCAGAGGUGUCUGGGCUCCAGUGCUACGGCUGCAACAUCAUUGUUGGCACCAAGUACGUGGACACGGGGUGCUCGAACCCAGAGGUGAUCACCUGCUCACAGUCCCAUCAGGGCUUCAAACACCGGUUCUGCAUUAAGACUGAAAGUGUGGUCCUGGGCAUCUUGCUGACCAGCGGCUGUGCCACCUCCCGUCACUGCCAGCAGCAGGAGCUGCCGGGGGUCCGCAUCCACUGCUGUGACACCGAUCUCUGCAAUGGCUCUCCCCAGCCUCCCCCCAGCCUUGCUGGUGGCUGCCUCCUGCUGCCCAGCCUCCUGGCAGCCCUGCUGCUCUCCUGAGCUCCCCGAGGCUGGGGAGUGAUGAUGUGUGACCCUCAGAGAGGAUGGGAGAGGGGAUGAACCCGUCCCUGCUUGCCCCUCUCCUCAAUAAAAGCCACCGAAUGCUUUGCUCUGGAGAGACCUCAGUGAUGUCCAUGGGGGGUGGCUGGGGCUGUGUUCAGCUCUGGGGUCCUGUAUUAAUACAUGGAGCUGUUGGGUCCAGAGCAGACGAUGAGAGUGCUCGGAGGGCUGCAGGACCUCAGAAGCUGACAUUUGGGACAGGCUGCUGAGAAGCCGUGGGUGCCCCAUCCCUGGAAGUGCUCAAGGCCAGGCUGGAGGGCUUGGAACCAAAAGA